AUGUUUCACACUAUCGAAACUCACCUGAGCACGUGCACCUUGCUGGUGGAACCUCCACAAUUGUAUUUUGAACAACCCCUUCAAGACGUCGAAGUUCAAUACGGAGAAUCGGUCACGCUGUUCUGUAGCGUCUUCGGCGCACCUCAGGCCGCCGUCAAGUGGUUCCACAGAGGACACGUAGUUGCCGCAUAUUCAGCACCAUCAGUGGAAACUGCAGUGCACACGACUCGUAUCGCCAGUGGAAUGAUCGAGACGAAGCUCUUCGUGCCAUGUGUAACCCGACAUACUCUUGGUGAAUACACCUGCGAGGCGAUAUCGCCUUGUGGCGAAGUGAUUUCAUCGACUGCAAUUGUCGGUCUUUCAAAUUCGCUCAGAGGAUGUGAACUGGAAGAUGAAAGGUGCAAACUAAUAGGUGCCUAA